CUAUCUGCUUCUUUCCUUAGGAAUCUCCAGUCGAGCGCUGAACUCCCACGAUGUUGCAGCCCCCCUUUCACCGCAAUGCCAAGAAGUCUCCUGCUACAUCGACUACAACAUAUCGAUGCCGGCCCAGAACUUAUGGAGAGUUGAAAUAACGAACAGAGAUCAACAGGGCGACAACUGGCAUACAAUCCAGUCGCUGGUGAGGUUGAUACACGUUGAUACUGAUACAGCUUUGAAGUUCACGGGGCGACAGUUGCCCGACUGGGGAUACCACCAGCACGAAGUGGCAGCUGAUAGGAUUAUCGUCCAGGAUGAUACUGUAUGGAAUGUGGAGGAGCAUCGAUACACAAAAU